AGCGGAAGUGGGCGGAGCUCAGACUGGCUGGGAAAUGUCAGCCGAUUGACCGGGUAGGGGUGUUUCUUUCCCCGGAGCCCACAGGCCUUCGGGUGACCACUGCCGCGGUCGCCUCGGACUGCGGGUCUCUGACCCCGGCAGGCUGCGGCGGACGCGACGCGUCUCAGUCCCUUCCAGGCGCUGUCUGGCGCGAUCCGAAGAGAACAAAUGUGAUCCAGAACUGUACAUGAAUCACUUUGGUUGGAGAUCGUGAGCAUUCAAUAAUGAGUGGGGCAGCUUUAGGACUUGAGAUUGUUUUUGUGUUUUUUCUGGCAUUGUUCCUCCUUCAUCGAUAUGGAGACUUUAAGAAACAGCAUAGACUUGUAAUCAUUGGAACACUGCUUGCUUGGUAUCUCUGCUUUCUUAUUGUCUUCAUCCUGCCACUGGAUGUCAGUACGACAAUAUACAACCGAUGCAGACAUGCUGCUGCAAAUUCCAGCCCUCCUGAAAAUAACAAUGUUACAGGAAUGUAUGCACCUGUCACCCCAGCUCCAAGACUACAUCCAUGUUUCAAGCCAUGGAGUUAUAUUCCGGAUGGGAUCAUGCCAAUUUUCUGGAGGGUAGUUUAUUGGACAUCACAAUUUUUAACCUGGAUUCUGUUACCUUUUAUGCAGUCGUAUGCAAGAUCUGGAGGGUUUUCCAUUACUGGGAAGAUAAAAACAGCCCUGAUUGAGAACGCGAUCUAUUAUGGCACUUACUUGCUGAUAUUUGGAGCAUUUCUAAUUUAUGUGGCUGUAAACCCACGUUUGCAUUUAGAAUGGAACCAACUUCAGACUAUUGGAAUAGCUGCUGCUAACACAUGGGGUCUGUUUCUUCUUGUGUUAUUAUUGGGGUAUGGCUUGGUGGAGAUUCCUCGGUCAUACUGGAAUGGAGCCAAAAGGGGUUAUCUACUUAUGAAGACUUACUUUAAGGCAGCCAAACUGAUGACAGAGAAAGCAGAUGCAGAAGAGAAUUUGGAGGAUGUAAUGGAGGAGGUUCGUAAGGUAAAUGAAAGCAUUAAGUAUAACCACCCAUUGAGAAAAUGUGUUGAUACAAUACUUAAAAAGUGCCCUACAGAUUAUCAGGAAAAGAUGGGUAGAAAUAUGGAUGAUUAUGAAGAUUUUGACGAAAAGCGUAAUACCUACCCAAGUGAAAAAAGUUUGGUAAAAUUGCAUAAACAGGUCAUUUACUCAGUUCAAAGGCACCGUCGAACUCAAGUACAAUGGCAGAUUCUUUUGGAACAGGCAUUCUAUCUAGAAGAUGUAGCUAAGAAUGAAACGAGUGCAACUCAUCAGUUUGUUCACACCUUUCAGUCACCCGAGCCAGAAAACCGAUUUUUCCAAUAUUUUUAUAAUCCUACAGUUGAAUGGUACUGGGAAUGCCUGUUACGUCCAUGGUUUCACAGGAUCCUUGCUGUGGUUUUGUCCGUCUUCUCUGUGAUUGUUGUGUGGUCAGAGUGCACCUUCUUUAGCACGACUCCUGUCUUGUCUCUCUUUGCAGUCUUCAUACAGCUGGCAGAAAAGACAUACAACUAUAUUUAUAUUGAGAUUGCUUGUUUCCUUUCCAUCUUCUUCUUAAGUAUCUGUGUUUACUCUACUGUGUUCAGGAUUCGAGUGUUUAAUUACUACUACUUGGCUUCACAUCAUCAGACUGAUGCCUACAGUCUUCUUUUCAGUGGCAUGUUAUUUUGCCGUUUGACUCCCCCUUUAUGUCUUAACUUCUUGGGAUUGACCCAUAUGGAUUCAUCCAUCUCUCACCAGAAUACCCAGCCAACUGCAUAUACUUCUAUCAUGGGUUCCAUGAAAGUUUUAUCCUUUAUUGCAGAUGGAUUCUAUAUAUAUUAUCCUAUGUUGGUGGUAAUUCUCUGCAUUGCUACUUAUUUUAGUUUGGGAACCCGUUGUUUGAAUCUGCUUGGUUUCCAGCAGUUCAUGGGAGACAAUGAUAUGACAUCAGAUCUAGUUGAUGAAGGAAAAGAACUAAUCAGACGAGAGAAAAGAAAAAGGCAAAGGCAAGAGGAAGGUGAAAAUCGAAGAAGAGAGUGGAAAGAACGUUAUGGACACAACAGAGAAGAUUCCACUAGGAACAGAAACGUUCAUCCUGACCCCAAAGAGCCAAAUUUCUCAGAUACUACUACCAAUUGGUCAUCCAAGUACACCAGGGCUAAUAACAGGACUGAAAGAGACCGAAUAGAACUUCUCCAGGAUGCAGAACCUUUGGAUUUUAAUGCAGAAACAUUCACUGAUGAUUCUCUGGAACCUGAAUCAGGAAGGUAUCAACCUGGUGGACGCUAUCUCUCCAUGUCUUCCAGCGUAAUAUUUGAAGAUAUCUAAAAUCUGAAGAAACUCAUGACUCAAAUAACCAAGGUCAUCACAUCAGCUCAGCAUUUAUGAACAUCUUUGUGCCCUACAAUUCCUCUGUUCUCUCUGUGAAUAGUAAGAAUAACAAAAAUGGCAUUGAAAAUGGAUCACAUCUUAACAAUAUUAGGUUAUUGUUUGUUGACUAGAGUACCAUCUUUUCUGAUGGAAUUUAUUACAUACCAUUUGAAGUGUCUGCCUUAGAAGUGGAGUUAAAUGGAAGGAUUUAAUUCAUGAUAGGCAUAAAACAUGGUUGGUUUCAAGUUAAUUUUUCUUUCAGGAAAAUUACUUUAAGGUCCAAGAAAACCAUAAGUCAUACUAAAUAAUAUAAUUUUGUAGCUAUAAUUUAAAUUUAUUCAAUCUACAUUUCCUAACAAAGUGAAAGUGAACUGAGACCUCAGAUAAUUACCUUCUUCACAAAACUCAUGUCUUAAAAAAGGCUUCCUUAUCAGACAUAACUGAAUGUAAACAACUCUUCUUCCGAUCUGUAUACAAAUUAGUGGGAUUUUGCAUGCAUAAUUAAGAUUAUUCUUCAAUUGAUAGUGUUAGUGUCUUUAGCAUGUGUAUUCUAAUUGGGUGAUGUGUUAUUCUUUUCAUUCUUUGUGGUAUAGUUUUGAUAUUAUUGCUUUGUAAAAGAUUUUCACUUCAGAGAAAAACAUUCAUCUUUAGCAUUUAGCAUACUGACUUGACACUGAUCAUUCCAACCAAGAAAAAAAAUCAUAAAUAUUAAUGGCAAAUAAUAUAUGUAUCCAAAUUAUACACACACACACAUAUAUAUGUAUAUAUCCAAAGAGUUACCCAGGUUCUCUAAUACUUAAAAGACGCUUAUUAACACUCCUUGAAAAGAAAAUGUCUGGCUAUUCUGGCUAUUUAGAGGUUAAAAAAAUAAGCCAUUUAUGAUUAUUGUUAGCACUAAAAUUGUAGCUUAGAAAAAGCAGAAAAAUGUAUUAGAAUGGAAAUGCAUAGUAAUCAUUUGUUUGCUAAGCAUGCUUAUUAUUUUAAAUUGGUAGUUUCAACCUUCACAUUGGGUAUUACAUUUUAAAGAACCAGUGUUUUAUUACAAGUCAACAUGGUUGAGUGCAAUAUGUUUGCAGAGAUUGUUUUAUGGUCCUGAAAUAUUUGUGUCUCUUACAGAAUCCAUUCUACACGAAUGACCAGACUUGAACUAGUCCAGGACAGUCUCGCACCAAUUUUCCUUACAAUCAUUACUAGGGCUCAAGUGUUGAGGACAUAGUUCUAUAUUGGUACUGAAAGGAUGCAUCAUCCUCAUUAUCUUUCUUUUUCAGCGAUUGCAUUUUAUUGACCUUUCAAAUAGAUCCCCCUUUAAAUAUCAACAGAUAGAUUUACUCUGAGUGGAAGGUUGUAUAACCUGCUUAAUUCAAGGACAUCUAACACAUAUAAACUUUUACUGUGAAAUGUGGUCAGAAAGCACAGUGAUAAUGUAAUGCUGUUUAUAAUUUCAUGAUUGGUUCCUGGAAUACCUUGGGCAGAUCAUGGAACCUUUCAGUGCCUCACUUUCUUCAUUUUCAGAAUGAAGACCGUAUUUGCUACAUACCUACUGAUCUACCUCACGAAACUGUUGUGAGGGGUUAGGUUGAUGACUGUGUGCUGGGGUUUUGCUGGGCUGUUUUGUUUGUAGUUUUUUUUUUAAGUAGUGCUUUGAAAGGGAUGAUUAUCACAGUAAGGGGUCUUUUUAGAAGCUUUAAAGUUCCCAAAGCAAAAUGAACUAAUUUGUUUAAAGUCCCUGAAAUAGUGUUUCAUCAUUUGUUCUGUGGGUUUACUUUGAAAUAUUUUUCUUAGAUACUUUUUUGUUAAAAGUUUUCUCUUAAUACUCAGAUGCUAUUGUUGGAAUAGAAGGAUAAAAAGAAAAGAAAUAGCCAAUUUUACAACUAACUUUGAUAGUGUACUAAACAAAUGGGUAGGAAUGUGUAAAGAAUUCGGGUAUUUUCUUUGAAGGUUACACUAACAGGCGCAUACAUACAUAUAUAUGCUUACAUGCAUAUGCUUCACAGAUAAUACUGGGCCUUGUUAUGGAUUUUGAAUUAUUUCCACAGUGAAUUUUUGACAUUUCAGUGAUCCAGAAUGUUCAAAUUUUUAAAGAAUUUCUCUUACAGGAUUUUGUAUGCAACCAUCUAGAAAAGUUACUUUGCUGGGUAAAUUUGAGUUUAGAAGGCAAUGAUUUCAUGCUAGGAAACUGAGUUUAUUUCUGAGGAAUUAAGUUAAUAUUUAUUAAGCCACUUUGUAUAAAUCAUUGGUAAUAUGUACAAUAUUUUUAUUUUUGAGACACUUAUUAUAUGUAAUGAUAAAUUCACAGAAAUAUUACUACAGAGUUUACAUACUUUAUGUGCAAAAUGAUUUUCUUAAAGAAUUAUUUCUGGUACUUUUUUAUGUCUUUCUUACAUACUAACAAGUAUUUGAUUAGAAUUAUCUAAAAUUUUGGUUUCUUGAGACAGGGUCUCAUGUAGCCCAGGCUGGCCUCAAGCCUCUGUAUAGCUGAAGAUGACCUUGAACUUCUGAUCCUCCUCCUCCACCUCUCAACUUCUAAGAUUAAAGAUAUGUGCCACAUCACCCAAAUCAAUAUUUUUAAAUAAUUGUUAGUUAAGAAUACUUAACAAACCAAUAACUCAAAAUAAGCAUUAUAGAAAAAAACUAUAAAUUUCAAGAAUCAUUUCUAUGUAUUAUUAAUUUACUUCUUAAAAACUACAUAAUCAUUUUAUUAAUUGUGCAUUUUUGUAAAAGAAUUUUAAAUAAGGAUUAAAAUAUAAAUGUAAUUAUAAAUAUUUGCUAUCAUACCACAUUCAUACAAGAGUUUUAGAAUAAUUUCAUCCCACAAAAGGGUCUCAUUUCACACAAGCAGUAAGACUUCAGUCAAAGCAUCAAAAGUUCUCAUCAUAAAAACAGAUCAGAUUCAACCAUCUAAACAUCAAAAAGAAGUGUUACUUGUUGGUAUGUUUCUGACAUCUAAAAUUUAAAAUGUCUGAUCUAAAAUGGAAACAUAGUAUGUGUCCAAAUUAAGUGUAGGCGUAAAGUCACUUUUUAAAGUGCUUGUAGCAUGAUAAUGAACAAAUUUCAUUAUGUUUAUUUACAGGCUUUGUUUUAUGUCUUUAACAGGUAUAGAGGAUGUUUUUGAUAGUAGGUUGAUUACCAUAUUAAGGGAGAAAUAAAGCCUAUAAUUACAGUUCAGAUUUAUACUUUCUGAAUGGACCGUGUCUGAAAAAUCACAAGGAAGAAAGUGUAUUUGUACUAAGAAACAAAACAAGUCCUUGAGAAGUCAUGGCUCACUUGAAUUUUCAAAGUGCAAUGGAUGUAUAAAUUUAACUUUAAAGCUAAGAAGUAGGCAUAGUUAGGGUUUGCCUUUCUUUUGUGCCUCCCACUCUCCGACCUUCCCUCCCUCUUGCCUCUCGUUAUUACUUGACCUUCAGUAUGCUGACAGAUGUCCUCUUUUGUUUGUCUUAUGUACACAGUUGUUUCUGAUGAGCAGUACAGUCAAAAGGAACUACUUCUGAAUUUAAAUCCCAUUACUUGAAAUAGCAGUAUUGUACCUAAAGUAGUAAAACAGACUCCUGGACAAGUGAACAGUGUUUGUCUGUAUAGAAGCAUGGUGCAUACUAGCUCAGUGCACUUUCUUUUAGAUGACUCUAGAGGUUCACUGCAGUAAAAGUUAUUUUCACUGUAAAAAUUUGUAUAAAAUGACUUUAAAAUGCCCAGCAUUAAGAACUGUGAGGUAUUUUAUCAUGAAAAGGAACUCAUAAAAAAUACUCAUGUUUAAAAAUGGAACAAAGAGUUGCAGGAGGCUUUGUGAAGUCUGAAUAUUUUUACUUCUGGAUCAGUGACUUUUUGUAGCUAGCAACUUGGAAGACUAGGCAGGUUUAGCCCAACUUCCAGCCCCUAGAUCCCAGCACUGUGAGCCCUCUGCCCAGUGGGGCAGGCACUACCCUCCUUUCUACUGCCAAGGAAGCAGGCUCACCUCUAAUUCCUUCCAUAUUAGCCGGUAUAACAACACUUCAAUGGAUUUAUCCAUUGAGAUCAGGUGUCGUAUUGCUGUAAUUUAAACUUUUCUUAAUAAAUAAGACUUCUUAUAAUUCUGUUAUCACUAUCCUAAAAGACGAUUUGGUUUCUUGCCCGCAACCUUUUCUUUGGCGGUUAUAUUGAUUAUAAAUAAUGUUGUAAAAGAAUUUUACUGUGUUAGGUGCAUAAGAGUAGAGAGAAUAGCUGACUGUGGCAGACAUAUAAGGCAGAUCCACAGCACAUUAAAGUGCACAGCUUUUGGAGUUGGCAUCAUGGCAUAUAUCUUCUGUCUUUAUCAGAAGAAUACUGCUAACCUCUUCCCUGUUUGGCACACUGAGUUUUUGGAAGACACUGUGUUGUUUAUUUAUUCUGUUAAACAAUCCAAUGGAUUUGUUUUUGUCUAUAUUUUGGGAGCAACUUGAAGGAUUUUUCUCAUUUUAGAAGAUAGAGAAUAUGUAUACCUAUCUUUUGAAUAUUAUAACCUAAUAUAUAAAUUAUAGCAUUGAAAAGUAAAAAAAAAAACUCUAAUUAUUGAUGUUAUUUCCUGGUAUUUAAUUUUGUAAAUGUUUUGUAAGAAAGUAAUUGUAGUAUUCCUUUUAAAUAGUUUUAAAGUCAUCUUUAAGUUCUGACCCAACAGACUGCCUUAGUACCAUAUUCUAAAGUAGAGUGCUCUGAUGUGGAUUUGAAACAUGCCUGCAUUUCCUUAGUUUCUUCAUAUGUAUGUAUACAUGCACCAUACACCAGUACCCAAGGAAAGCAUUUCAUAAGCCUAAUUUCCACAUUGCAUUGAUAGAGCUUGGUAUUUUGCCUUCAUAUAAUUCAGUUGACUAGAUGAAAUAGAACAUAAAUCUUUUCAAAUUGUAUCCAGUCACAAUUUUCAAAAUAGUAAACUCUUCAUUUUGGGGGUGCAUGAUGCCAAGUUUAUUCUUCAUCAGCCUUUAUUACUGGAUAUUAUUGGAUGUAUUCCUACCUGGCCAGUAGGUUGUAGAUUUAACUAUUUUUCUGUAGAUUCUCACUACAUUUUCAAAUCUAUAUUUGGAAAAAACUGCAAAGUGCUAUCAGUAAGUAAGUUAGCAUUGGCCUUAUCUAUGCAUAAUGUUCCUUAGUUUGAUUUUGACAAACUCAUUGACUCACAAUUCCUUUGUAGUAUUGUAACUGACUGUGAUGUAAUGAAUUUUUUGAAGUGUUUAUAUGAUUCGUUAUUAAAAUAUAGUAGAUUAUGUAGCUUUGCAUGAAAUAAACUACAUUUCUAUGAGCUACAAAUUGCUGGUUAUUUAUGCACCUUCAUUGAGAUUAAGCUAUUUAGAGAAGAUCUAGGUAUUCUUUAUUUCUUACAAUUCACUGUCAAAUUUAAUAAAACAUUUAAAAAUGAA